GUUAAAUGUUAAUAUUUUUAUUUUUACCACGCAUAGAUUGUGCUAAACUCGAUGCAUAAAUACCAGCCCCGUGUGCACUUGGUCAAAUUAAGGCCCGACUAUCACUAUAAUGGCAAUACACCGGUCAUCAGUAAUAUCGAGUACCAACAGUACCGGACAUAUGUUUUCCCGGAAACACAAUUCAUCGCGGUCACAGCCUACCAAAAUCAGCUGAUAACAAAACUGAAGAUCGAUAGCAAUCCGUUUGCCAAAGGGUUUCGCGAUUCCAGUCGUCUAACAGACCUGGAA